GGUUGGGAGUGCAUUAGAUCGAACUUCUUGGAGCGAAGGACAAGUAUCACCUGGAUUAGAACUGGAGCUGGGAAACUGCGAGAAGGUGGAAAAAGGCAAAAGUCAGCAGCGACUUUUGAAUAAGUGAGUACAGAUCAGCAACAACGAGUGUACGAGACAGUCCCUGGAGACAGAAACCGGUGUCACCAACCGUCAUCCUCCGUUCGUAUGUCAUCGUGACGUCGUCCGUCAGUGGAAUGCUGGGAGCAAGCCAGGGCUGGAACCUCUCCCCUCAAUGCAAGUCGGAAAGAGCGUGACCUCUUACUAAACCUAGCAGACCACGUCCAUUAAGUAGAAAGGUAACUGUUAGUCAAUCCGACGAGUAAAGAGGAUUCCUUCUCCCUCCGGCAGGCCAGGUCAGGUCCACUGAUCACCGUAAGGACAACGAGCCCAAAGAGCCGAAAAGUGUCGGAAUGCAAAUAUGUCUGACAGCCGAAUCUUCUCCACCUCCUCCUCCUCCUCAGAACGCGGCGAUCAGAUCCGUUUCGGUCAAACGCUUCCGUGGAUACCGAUCUCACGCUGUACAGUAGCAGUUGAACGUAGUGUGUGUGUGUGUUUGGACGCGGAACCAGAAGUCAGGUGCAUCUGGUCGUCUCGCCUCGAACUGGGACGAGCGACCGUUGCUCGUUUUGAUGCGCGAAUCUCUCGACCAGGUGGGAAACGAUCUCUCCCCCACCUUACCCCUUCUUCCGCCCCCUCCACUCCCUUCCCGCGAUUUGCCUCCGUGUCUCGCACGCGCUUUGGCAGCCGACGUGGCCGCUGUGCUCGCACUUCAUGUCGUUUCGUGGUCCCGAACUUCCGAACCCUAAUGGACAGCAGCUCCACCAGCGGACCCCCGGACCGGCCUUCGUACACGUGCCGUGGGCAGAGCCAAUGCAUGAUUGCGGGUGUCGCUUCGAGCCUUCGGGGCCUCCUUCGAGCCCCGACAUUCUCUUCUCCAGCAGCAAUUACAUCGUCAUGGCGUGUACCGCGCUGGCAGCCACCGUGGCACCGACUCACGGACCUGUGGAUGGACGCGAACGGAGCCGAAGAACGGGAUAUCGAUGUUCGGAAAGCGUCAACUGUCGACUGAAUCUCAUCAAUCCGUCCAGUCUUUGUGCCGGCAAGGUCUAGAAGGGUUCUAUGACAUCGUAACGACCCCUGCCUCCAUCUAAAUAUAAAAUAUAUACCCUAUGGUACGUCGUUAGUUGCUCAGCUAGCAAUAGCAGGGGAAGGUCGUUUAGUGAUAUUGUAACCUAACCCGAACUUUCGAAAAUUAGUGUCUGAAUGUUCUGAUCCUUGCUAUAUUGAACCAC